CCACACACUCUGCCCGGAAAGCUAAUUUCGGGCGCUUGGCUAACCCUUCCUCGCUAGAAAAACACCGCAGGAACGAACUGCUGUUGACUCAUGUAUUUAGCAGUUUUUGUUACAAUAUCAGAAUUCUGUCCCAGGAAAACGCAGCGAGUGAAGGUGAAUUUAUCAUAAUACAGAUAAAAGAUGGAGGGUGACAACUGCAGUUUUCCUCCGGAUUUGUCUGAUGAUCAUUCGCAAAGAGGAAGUGUGGCUUCUUCCGCAACACUUUCCCGUGCUCAGGACGUGCUCGUGUAUUUGUUUGGUGAGAGCGCGGUCCACUUAUCCCUGGAAGGGCUCGGCAGCGUUUCCGUGCAGGAGUUGGGCCGUAGCGUUCGUGAAGCCCUGCAGAUCCCAGAGUCCGCACCGGAUGCUUUCGCCUUUUGGCUCUGCUCUCCGUUGCUUGAGCUGCAGCUGAAGGCGAGGCAUCAGCCGUACAAGCUGUGCAGGCAGUGGCAGGAUCUGCUGUAUCGAUUCACCGACGCGUCAGAAGACGACAUUUCACAAGAUGAACCAUAUCUGCAGUACAGGCGCAACGUGUUUUACCCGAAAUCUAAAGAGCUGCAGAUUAAAGAUGAGACGGUGUUGAGACUUCUCUACGAGGAGGCCAGGAGCAACAUCCUCUCUGGCCGGUACCCGUGCGACCCGGAGCACUGGGCCGGGCUCGGCGCCUUGUCCCUCGCUCUUGAAGAGGGGCCUGGUCUCGACAGCCAGCAGAUCACCACUAAAAUCAGGGAAAAGAAGCUGCCUUCCUUCGUGCCGGCUCACGUCGCCGUGGGCAGCGGAGGGUUUUUCUCCACCCUGCGGGGGAAAUCGAGCCGCCAGGCAGAGCUGGAGCAGAAGCUCUCCGAGGAGUACGGAAAGAUCAGCAAGUCCACUGGAGGCUCUCCGGAGCCUCAGCAGCUCCUGCACCAGUACCUCAGCAUGUGUCACUCUCUGCCUUAUUACGGGUGCGCCUUUUUCUGCGGGGAGAUUGACAAGCCAGUUCAAGGCAUCCUCCAACGGGGAAGACGUAAAGCUGUCAGUGUCGGGAUCUGCCUGGACGGAGUUUAUGUGAUGGACGUGAAGGAGAAGCAUGUGCUGCUCGGGCUGCGUUUCAGCGAGCUCUCGUGGGACCACAGUCGCCCCGAAGAGGAGGGGGACUCGCACAUUCUGUGGCUGGAGUUUGACGGGGAGGAAGACGGCACUCCCGUCAACAAGCUGCUGAAGAUUUACUCAAAACAAGCCGAGUUAAUGAGCGGCUUUAUAGAGUUCUGCGUGGAGCUGAUGUCUACGUCAGAGGGGGGCGCCGCCAACGAGUUGGGCGUUCCUCAGGAGCCCGCCGGACAGGAAGCCGGCACCAGGAAUGGCCGCGGAGGGCGCCGCGGGAUGCUGCAAAGGCAGGGCAGCGUCGUGUGCAGCCGGUUCCACUCCCUUAACACCAUCAGCUACGUGGAUAACGGCAAAGAAAUCAAACGCUUAAAGCCAAAAAGAGCCGCGUCCUUCUUCGCUCGGCAGGCCACGGCGCCCACCUACUCCGCCGUGAACACUGAGAGCCUGGAGCAGGGUUAAACCUCUCUGCCUCCGUCUUCUCGACGACCAAACCUGAACGUUUUUACACUGAGAAGUGAAAAAUAAGACUUUUUUUUUUCCUUUUUUUUUAUUCAGCUAGUCUCUGAGCAAACCAAGGACCAAGUAAGGGGCGUCUAUGUGUGGGUGUGUAUUUAUCGUUUUAAAGUGGUGUACAGUAUGAGAGUACAUUAAUGUGAAAACUUAAGAUCUUUCUAAAACCCGAACCUGCAAAGAUUGAACUGAACUCGCCGGGCGGCAGACGGCCAUCCAAACGCUCUUCGGCGGAGACGAACCUCAGAGAAAUCCGCUGAGCGUAAACUAUUUCUGAGCUCUUCUGCAGAGUGCUGUUCUUCAAACAUGCCACACCUCAAAGGAGCAUAAACCACCACAGUACCUCUUUUUUUUUCUUUUAGCUUUCUAUCAAGAUUGUUGCAGCUUCCCCUCAGUCAGCAUGACCAACACUUUUAGGGGGGGAGUAGCUUAAGGGUGCGAAGGCAUUAUUCUGCUUUUUUCUUUUCAAACUACCGGUGCCUUGUUCUCACGAUCGACGGUGAAGCCAAGUAGGAGAAGCACUGGUAGAAACAUAAAGGGUUCACUGUUAUGGCAGCACAUCUGCUGUGCUGCGGAAGUUUCUUGUGAGUACAUUUUCUAUUUCAUUUCAUUUGAGGAUUUUUGCAUUCAUCCCUUUUUUUGUGUGUGUGAAACCAACACAUAAAAAAACUGAGAGUUAAAGAUUAAAGUUAGAUCAGAUAAUUGAGUUAUAAAUUAACAAUAAACCUAGAGAUACCAGUGUUACUCUGUUAUGGCGCCUUACGAAAGCAUUUAUACCAAACUGACACAAACUUCAUUGCAUUGCUAACCUGUUGUGAACAGACCAGCCCAAAGUGGUGCAUAAUUGUCAAACAGAACCACCGUUUGAUUCGAUUGCGAGUCUUUUUCUGUGUGUUUGUGCCAGAUUUGCAUAUCUACAGUAGAAGAACUUUUUUCUGAGACUUCAUUGCAAGACGUCUUAAGCUCAGCCAGCCUGGACAAAAACUACAGCAUGAUGCUGCCACCUCCAUGUAACAAUAUUAGAUUUAGAUUCACUUCACAAUUAUGCACUACUUUUCUGUCACAUAAAAUCUCAUUAAAAUACACUGAUGUUUGUUAAAUGUAAAAAAAAAAAAAAAAAACGGUCAAUGCUUUUGCAAGGAACUUUCUAGUUUAGGGGUGUGCAACGCCAGGCCUCGAGGGCCGGUUUCCUGCAACUUUUAGAUGUGUCUCUACUUCAACACGCCUGAGUCAAAUAAUGAGGUC